AACGGUUUGUUUUCAACGAGUGGAAGAAGCGUUGCAGCUUUUCGCACCACCGAUUUUUAAAAACGGUUGCAACAUUUAUUUCAUACCUAGUUGGUAUUCGGCCAGCAGCUUUCUCAGCUCGCCAUGGCUCUGUGCGGGGGUGUCGGAGCCAUGGCUUUGCCUAGCGAGCUUAUCGUCCACAUAUUUUCCUUUCUGUCCGACCGAGACAAGCUCCGGGCCUCGGCAGUGUGUUCACGAUGGAGGGAGUGUCUCUUCUACCCAGCGCUGUGGACCGAGCUCAAAUUGCGGAUAGGUGGUGGUUGUAACGGCGGCGGCUCCAGCUCCGAGGAGACCUCGAGGCUGGAGUUCCUCAUGCGUAAAUUCGGUUCUUUCGUGCGGGAGCUGCAACUGGAACUCGCACCGGUGGAAGGCUGCCUCAGUCCGCUCAACAACAACAACCCGUCGUCCACCAGGAUGGACCAGCCCGAUAGCGACCCGCAGCUCUCCCAGCGAUGGAGAGACGCCAUGGCCACCUACUUGGACCAGGUGUUGUGUGUGUUCUCCAGCAUCCGCAACAACAGAAACCUGCGGAAGCUGAGUCUGUAUGGAGACACGUGUGUUCUCCAACAGGAGGGACUAUUGGACAGCUCCCACCUGCACCAAAUUCACCAGGGGGACAAAAAGAUCAAUGAAGUCCAGCAGUUGUUCAUGGAGUUGUUGUCUAACAGCAGGCAGCUCCGGUGGUUGUCCUGUAGUUUCAUGCUGGGUCUGGUGACUCCCUGCUCCUUGGCCUGCCUGUCAAAUCCUUCAGCCGAGACCCUGCAGCACCUCAGUUUACUGGACCACCAGCUGGGUCCCCUCAUCUCGCCAUCCGAGUUGGAUCGUCUAUCUAAUCUUCAUUCUCUGGCUCUGGAUUUCUCUGAUUUCACAUCUGAGCUUUGUGGUCUGCUGGCAUCUCCACGCCGAACUCCACUGCAUCGCAUCUCCCUGCUGCUCAAUGGCGCCGCCCUGGAGUUCAAACCAUUAGAAGGGACCGCUACAGAGGACGAUUGGAAGGCACUGAUUCGUGUUAGUGCCAACCUGCGAGUGUACGUCAUGGCCCUGGAGGUCAACAGCUCAGAGCUCCUCGGGGUCCUAAAGCCUAGCCUCCCUCUGGAGCGCCUCCACCUCGACAGUUACAGCACACUGGUGACUGAUGCCACGUUGGAGCUCAUUUCCCAGCAGUACAACAAGACGCUGACUCACUUCCUGCUCCUGAGGGAUGACCCCGACUUCCCUGACCUCAGCAUCAAUCGGAACGAAGACCCGUUGGUCCUCUUGGCAUGGAGAUGUACUCAGCUGGCUGUACUGGUGAUACAUGGUUACACCGUUUGGGCCCAUAAUUUGGUGGCCAUCUCUCGGCUGCGUGGCUCCAACCUUCGCGUCCUGACCGUCUCUGAGGAGAGCAUCGACUUUGAUCCGGACCAGGCAGUGUGCAUGGAUGGCGACCCGGUCCAUAACCUGGUCAAGGAGGUUUCUCUGGGCCUCGCCCGUGUCUGGCACCCUUGCCUGGAUUCCAGCCUGGUUUUGUCCGAACCCACCCAUCACUUCCACCACGAGCUGCACGCCUUCAGCAUGGGCAUGUAGGCAGGGAUGAUGUUGUGGAGGACAGAGAGCGGCUGUGGAGCGAAGGAAAUCCAUGCUGUCGAUGGACCUGCUGGGCCAAAAUUUAUAAAUGAAAUAAAUGUUAUUCAGGCUCUGUGGAAGUACAAGCAUGUCAACGCUCAGGGCCCUUGGCAGGCAUUGUUGACCAAAUAUCCUGUGCUCCACACAAACCUAAUUGUGAGUAUGACCAGUGGAUAACUGGGCCAAGAAUGGUUACAUCUGACGCUCCAGUGGUUGUUGUGACUACUGAACAGUUAUUAAUGACAGCUGUGGUAGACCAGUGUCUUAUUAAGGCAUUUCUUGAGCCGAGUUGAGUGUCGGGUUGGGCUUUAGAGCACCUAUAACAUGCAUAAGUAAAUGCUGCCAACUAGCCAUUGUUAGGAAAGUUACCCUCCCAAAUGGCUCACUUGUUUUGCACACCAUGGCGCUUUAGAGGUCUGUGCAAUGGCACUGCCGACUGUGAAGGUCCGUAUCAAGGUCUGUAGUUUACAAGAUUGAGCGAUUUUUUUUUUUUCUUUUUUCAUGGACUUAUAUGGAUCCUGAGUUAUACAAUGUGCCAGCACUUUGCUAGGUUCAGAGUGAAUUGGUCCCAGUGGUUACCAAAUGUUUGCUCGUCUGUUAAUGGACCUUGCUGGUUUAGCCAUGAUGAUCUCUCUAGUCCUUGGUCCAUAUCUCAGGCUGUCUGUGGCUGUAUAUAGAGCUGCACACUCAAACACUCCAGAGGGGAUAGCCAUACCAACGUAACACAUUCAGACCAAAAUAUGUUUGUUUUUUUUAUCUCAUUUUCUUCCUCCCCUCCUCCUAAUUGUUCCUCUCAUUUCAUUUAUUUAUUUUUUUUUUUUUUUUUUUUUUAGAGCUCAUCUUUGCUCUUUUAUGUGAGAGAUUUAAGCUGUUUGUAUUGUGUAUAGGCAUCGCCUGAUAAGGAGGGAAAAAUGAUGGCAAUCUACUGUAGAAUGUAAUUUCAAACUACAGGGUCACCUGAGCGGAGCAAAUAGAUUUUUACUAACAACUUAUUUUAAAGAGCUGAUUUUACAAACUCCACCCUCACCCACCACAGGUCUUCUCAAGUCCCCACACGUUAUUGGCUCCACACUAGAUUUCAGAUCGCACUGUUUGGGCUGGCCAAAUUGUUUUUGCCCAGAAUAAAAGGGGAUUGGCUGUGUGGUUAUUCUCAGACUAUGGUCCGCUUGAGCAGGAUAACAUUUUCAUUUAACUAUAAUAUUCCCAUUUGGAUAAUGUAUAUAAAGUGCUGUUCUAAUCAUACAUUUCACUCCCAUACACUUAGGAAAAAGUCUUCCUUUAUGGAGGCUCCGGGAGAAAUUCUUUAUCAAAAGUUAAUGUUUUGACAAUUUGCAAUUUAUAGACAUAUUUCAUAAUCCGAAAAGUGCAGAGAAAGAUGAGAGAUUAUAAAGACAAUAUGCAUGAGAGCAGAAAGGAACUGCAAAACAAUGUCUUAUUUUUUUUUUAUUUAUCUUUUUUUUAUUCUGUUAGGUUUUGUUUCUUCACCAAUAGACACCAAAAUGUUAGUGAAGACGGUGUGGAACGAGCUCUGUGUUGUCCUCGCAAGGAGAGAAGAGGUGAGACAAAGAUCUGCCAGUAAGCCAAUGCUGAUAGGCAAACAACUUUACACUCGCAUAGAGUUUGGCAAAAUGAACGACAAACAUGGUCACUGUAUGGCAUAGCAUUUUAAAGACUACGAUCGGUGGAAAAAUGACUUCUCCCUGAUCUCUUUGUAUCAUCGCUGAACGCCAACCAUUGAGCCAUCUUGUGCCUGAAAGCUUCUGGAGUCUUACUGCUUUUCAAACCUCUGCUCUCCCCAAGUUAUUAGCUUUGUGUUUGUAGUUGUUGCUGUGAUUGUUAGUUCACUCUUUAGGGAAGCCGCAUUAGAAGCUAUAGUAGCUAGGGUUUCUGAACAUGUUUCAGCACACAUGCUUUUUAUUUUCUCUUGGAGCGUGCCUGUAUUUCCUGAGCACGUUUACAUGUAAGCUUUGAAAAGUGUACCCAAUAGUAGUGUGUAAAUAAGAUGGGUUUGACUGUGUGUGUGAACAAGUUGUCAGUAGCGCAGCCGUCAUGUUCUCUGCAUGCAAGUGUGUGUAUUGAAGUGGGGGCUUGCUCAUGUUCAGCAGUAUAGUCUUAUCACUUCUACUGCAGCAGGAAACCGCAACAGAAAAUCCUUUGUUCUCAGGGUACAAUCAGUUUUCAAAAAGAGGAGGAGGAGGGAAAGUUACAAAAGCUCAGGCCUCUAGCUCACUUAUAUGAAUAGUAGGAGUCACUGGAUCUGUUCUCCUCCCUUGUUGUGUUUUUAAGCUGCCAAAGACCACAGUGGAACAAACUUAACCCAGACACAAGUCUAUCUGAAGUGCCCAUGUACACGCACACCGGCAGGAGGCUGGUCCAGUAUUCUUUCCUACUCUACACCUCCUUCUAAUACUUUUCUCCUCCGACAUUUAUUUGCUGUUGAUAUACUAUGGACCAUACUGUGCUGGACCAGGUCAAAUGUCAACAGUCUCGUCCUGUGGUUGGCGUGAAAAGAGACCAAAGCAGACCUGCGCGCAAACAUUUGGCCAAUGUUGUGUUAGUGGCUGCACCCUAUGUUAAGAAAAUGUAGGAUUUCACACUAGCUGUGUAGAAUGUGUGUUAAGGGAGGCGCAGUUGGACAUGUAUAACCAACAUAUGUUACUUACUGAAGGUAAGCAGCGUUGUAGCACAGCUUGUACAAUGUGGCCAAAUUCCUAUCUGUGAAUUGCACUCAGGGUCUACACACUGCAUGUUGCUGAGGCAUCAUAGAGCAAAGCAAGGCCUUUCUAGUCCAGCGCAGUAUGCUUCUAAAGUGUGACAGAGGCUGAAGCAGAGAGGUCUGGCCACCAUAUUGCUCCCCCUCUCUCUUAUUUUAUUUUAUUUUUUUUUUUUCUUGUUCCCCAUCUCCUGUUUCACUGUGAGGAGUGAGUGAAUGUAAAACUUAAGGCGAGGAGUUUGGUUAAAUCUCAGAACACGUCAGGGACUAAACAUUCCCUCGGAUGCUUCCUGAAGCUACUUUCUGACAGAUUGUAGCCUCCCAGCUGGGACACAUGCCAGCGUGCCUGAUCUGAUAUGUUGCACGGCAAGCCCGUGGCCAAGGUCAAAUUUGAUGGGAAGUGUUUAGUCCCAGGCUUUUGGAGCUGGAAAGUGAUUUGCUGCUAGAGAUCUGCUAGGAACAGGACAUUCCACUUGGGGGUCGCUCAGGCCAUCUGCCAUCUGCAAGGCUAAAGUGUCCACAUGAAAAUUAGACUCUAUAUAAAUAUAGACUUUUUUUUUUUUUUUUACUUUGAAUAAGUUGGUCUGUUUUUUUUUGUUUUUUUUUGAAGGGACACCAGAUUACCAGUUGGUCUGACCGAGUGGAGGUGUGAUACCAUUUAGAAGUGGUUAUUUAAAGUGUGUCCAUUCUUUCAAAGGUCUGUUUCUAAGAUGUUUCUGCAAUGCCAAGAUCUGCUUUCACUUGAUGCUUCAGCAUCCUGAGGGCAUUUUGCGGCCUUUUGUGUCCGGUACACAAAAGGUCACAGGUGUGAAAGCAACUUACACUGACUGUGUGCUAAACAUAAGGACUAGCUUCUCUUUUUACAAAAAAAAGUUGGUUUCACCCAUUGAAUCAAUGUGCCAGAUUAAAAAACAUCACAAUACAGUAAGAGGAGGGUUGUGUCUGCGUAUUUAGUAUACACAUGAAUGCACACAGAAGUGACGGUACAUAAUCCCCAUGGAUACACAGGGGCACCUUGAGUCUGGGCUGGACUUAUUUAUACACCAUAUGCAGAGAGGGAGGUUUGUGUAUGACUAUACUGCACUGUGUGCACACAGAAAGACGGAUCUGUGCUCGCAGAGCCUUACUUUUAACGAGUUCUACCAUUUAAACUGAAUGGUUUGAAGGCUCCAGAGGCGAGAUGAGGCGUCCAGUUAUUCAGGAGACCAUUACCAGCAGUUACUGUACAUUGAUACGGUCGCAGCCAGUUAUAUCUGCCCUUUUGACCAGUUUAUAUUUUGUUUUUGUUUGUUUUUCUGUGCUCUUUAUAUGCAUUCAUAGAGAAAUCCUGGAAGAAAUCAGGACCCCUGUGGCCUGAUGGGUAAUUGAAUCCACAUAGCUGCCCUCUAAUGUACUCCAUCUGAGACCGUUGGACUUGACAGCUUAUUAAAACUGUUGUGAUUGCAGCGCUGUAGAUAUACAGGGAUCUGGGUACAUCUGUGCUACCAGGCCCCAUAUACAUUACAAAGAGUUGGGUGCUAAUACUCAAUAGCCAAUAGUAAUAGCAUUGACAUGGACAGAUGUGUGAGCGACCAGCGUGUGCUAUUUUAGUACCAAAGCAGCCGACUGUGUCAGAGCUGCGUCAGUCUAAACAGGCUCACAGCCACAAGCAGACGCACAUCUGACAUUAUGGUUUCAUUUCCACUUUAAUCGUUGCUCAGACUCUAUGCCAACUUGAGAGUUUGUAAUGUUGACUUUCUGUAUGUUUGCAAUGUUGUGAAACUAUACUUAAAAUAUCUGUAGAAAAGAGGUAGUAAGAUGCCUAAAACAUGUUUUUGAAGGGAUUACCAUUAAUAGACAGGGUUUCCUCAUCACAAUGUGAGAUUUCAGAUGCUUCCUGUUUGUUUUAUGUUUUUACCUAAAUGCUAAGACCACGGACUACUACCAGACAUUGAAUAAGCUCACAUAGGGCUGGACUCCUACAGCAAUGUGAAGAAUCUCAUUAACACCCUGACAAUUGUUUCUGUAACUUAGGAAAAAACACUGGAUGUGCAUUGCACUGAUAUAAAAUCAGUCCUGUGUAACAGAUAUAGCUAGAUGUGUAUAAGGCUACGUAUAUUGUCAGUAAAGGGGAGGUUCACACAGAGCAAGGCCAUUAGCCACAUUGAGAGCCUUAGAGAAAGUUGGAAUUCUCCAUUUCAGCCAUAGCUGACACUAAAACUAAUUUUCCAGCCAGCUUAUGAUGAUGAUGAUCUUAGCAUAACGGUGAUAUUAACGGGACUUAUUUUACACUUUCGCCACAUUGUAUUUCUAGAGAAGAAACAAAAAAAAAUGGCACUGAAAGCAAUGAAAGCAUAACCUGGCCAAACUCUGUCAGUAGCUGUGGUGCAUACCCUGGACGUUGGUGUAGCCGCUGGCUAUAUCAAGGAACUGAUAGAUAUUCAUGCUCAGUGUCAGCCAACUAUCUUCAUUAAGGUUUCAGCUACCAUGGCUCUGAUGUUUCUGGCUGCUAAACAAAGUCUUUCUUGUCAAGUCUGGAGAGCCAAACCUCCUAAUUAGCCAGGCAGGCAGGCCUGCUGCCCAGUCCAGCCGCACAACUAUGCAAGAGGAAUGCAUAUAAUCCACACUCUUCUCUAUUAGUUUUUUAUUUUUUUCCUUCAGUUUUUACGUUUAGUUUUUCUUUUUCUCACUGCCACGCAGUAGUAUUGAAGACGUAAACUAAUAAGAACUUGCAAUGACAAUACUUGGCCUUAUGAUGAUUUAUGAAAUCUUUAUCAUUUAGUUUUAAGAUCUUUUGAUUCUGGUCAGCCAGCCCAGCGACAGCAGCGGUGACGGCGGGCUCACUCUUGGUCUCUGUGAGACUGGCUAGACGGCCCCAGUUUUAUCGUGGUACGAAUGUUGUGCAUUUGUUUAAAAUCAGGACAGUUUGCAAUAACAGCAGUCUUACUUGUGGCCACAAAGGGGCACGAGCAGUGCUGACAGCGCCCGGCUACGUCUUAAGAAAACCAUAGAGGAAGAAAUAUAAACUAUAUAAAUAGAUAUAUAUAAAAUCACACAGUGCAUAUUUGUAUUAGGUAUCAAUGAUGCAUUACCAUGGUAUAAUCUUAUGCAACACAUGUCCGGGUUCAAUUUAUGAACAUGAAGUAUAUUAUAAAAUCACACAGACUUUGUAAAUCAGAAGCUAUGUUGUUGUGUUUUUUUGUCAUUUUUUUGCGAAAAUGGGUUUACCAUCCUUAAUGUUGAACAUUCUGAGCGUUAUGUUCCUGUGUGAUUGUGUUUGUUAAAGUGAGCACAUUAGCAGUGGGUUUUACCUUCUUUCUGUAACCAGAUGUAACCCAAAACACAGCUGGACAGCUGGAUUUCCAAUGACCUGUAGAAUAUUUUAAUUGCAUUUCAUUUGUUUCUUAAACACUUUAUUAUCUGAUCUGUUCACAGUUUUACAAACAUGGGAGUGCGAGUAAAGGCAUGGAUUAAGACUUGUUCUAAACAGCAAAGAAAAGUUCCACUCCAUAAAACGUACCUGUAUUUGUCCAUGUAUAAGAACCUUUUUAGUUGAGAACUUGGCUUAAUCUACGUCUGUGAAACUGCUCUUUAAAUUGAAGACUAAAAUAAUAUAAACCUCUGAUUUGAAACCUGUCCAGCUGAUUUUCAUUUUAGUGUGCAGGGAAAGAGUCCUCUCCAGCUGUGGGGACAGAUUUUAUCAUAGAGAACAGUGUUGAUCCAUGGUUCUGUUGUGGAGAAAAGGGAGGGGCACGUUACAAACCUCCAUGUUAAACCUCUGGCGUACACUUGAGGGGUCAACCUGCCGAAUGUCGAUUUGAAUUAAUGUUGAAUGAAUGCUUCUCUUCUUUUAGUCAGUGAAUAAAAACAUUAAAACGUU